AUGUACUUCGUCUGGAGCGCUUGUCAACACAACAUGGCUGGAUUACACAGCUGCUCCCAUUAGGACACAUUCAAGGGGAAACGUCUGUCUGGUUGUCAAAUGAAAGUAUCCGGGCUUCGGAAUUGGACCGUUUUGACCUGUUUAACACGCGGCUUGUCUCACAUGAAGACAGAGUGAAGACUGAAUAAUGAACAAGCUCACAAAGGCGGCGCUGGCCUGUAACGGACUUGGCCGGUGUUUUGUAACAGAAAGGCAUUUAUCUGCUGUAAAAGUCAUCAGGCGAGGGUUAGCGUUUGCAGAACAUAGGGACGAUUCUGGCAAGAAUGAGGUUUAUGAUGUUAUUAUAUCCGGGGGAGGGAUGGUUGGAUCUGCAAUGGCGUGUUCCCUAGGCAUGGAUCCCAACUUGGUUGGUAAGAAGAUUCUGCUGCUUGAAGCGGGCAACAAGAGAGUGAUGGACACGGUCCCAGACACCUACAGUACGAGAGUCAGCUCCAUCAGUCCAGGGUCUGCCACCCUCCUCAGCGGUAUUGGAGCAUGGGAGCACAUUACAAAGACGAGGUGCAAGCCGUAUCAAAGGAUGCAGGUUUGGGAUGCCUGCUCAGAUGCCCUGAUCACAUUCGAUAAGGAGAACCUGCAGGACGAGAUGGCCUACAUUGUGGAGAACGACAUCGUUGUGGCUGCACUCACUAAACAGCUGGACAGUCUGUCUGAUAAUGCGCAGGUUAAGUACAGGUCCAAGGUGGUGAAGUAUACAUGGCCCAUGUCCCACCAGGCAGCAGACUCCAUCCCAUGGGUCCAGGUCACUUUGGCCAGUGGAGAGACUCUUCAGACCAAGCUGCUGAUUGGUGCUGAUGGACCAAACUCAAUGGUGAGGCGGGAAUUAGGGAUACCCACAGUCAAGUGGAAUUAUGACCAGUCUGCUGUUGUUGCUGUGCUUCAUUUAUCAGAACCCACGGAGAACAAUGUCGCAUGGCAGAGGUUCCUCCCAACAGGCCCCAUUGCUAUGUUACCGCUGUCGGACACUGAAAGCUCUCUGGUGUGGUCAACCAGCCAUCGGCUCGCUGAGGAGCUGCUGGAGCUGGAUGAGGAGAGCUUUGUCGACGCCAUCAACUCUGCCUUCUGGAGUAAUGAGAACCAGUCAGAGAUGAUUGAGACAGCAGGCUCUCUGUUCCGCGGCGCCCUGUCAGCCAUCAUGCCGUCUGCAGGUUCACCUCGACAGCUUCCUCCAAGUGUGGCAGGGAUCGGGCCAAAGACCCGGGUCAUGUUCCCACUGGGCAUGGGUCAUGCAUCAGAGUACAUAAGGCACCGGGUGGCUCUGAUUGGGGAUGCAGCCCAUCGCGUCCAUCCUCUGGCGGGUCAGGGAGCCAACCUGGGCUUUGGGGAUGUGGCUUGCCUCACGCAGCUCCUGAGCAAGGCGGCCUUUAACGGGAAGGACCUAGGAGCAAUGCAGCACCUAUUAGAAUAUGAAACUGAACGGCAGCGACACAAUCUGCCCAUGAUGGCUGCCAUCGACCUCAUGAAACGCCUUUACUCCACUAACUCUGCUCCUGUGGUUCUCCUACGCACCUUCGGUCUGCAGGCCACCAGCAUGCUCCCAUCACUAAAGGAGCAGAUCAUGGCAUUUGCAAGCAAGUGAUGCAUUCAUCAUGCAGUGGUUGUUCAUGGAUCUCCAAUGACUGUGAGCUUUUAAAGGCUGUAAUUAUUGUGGCUGUAAAAUAAAUAAAUAAAUAAAUAAGAUAAAAUAAA